AUGGAUGCCAGGAAAGCGCAGAGCGGCGGCGGCGGGGGGGAGGCAGGCGUCCCGGCGGCGCUGGCGCGCCUGCGCGAGGACGAGGGCUGCCCGGUGCCGCCCGAGCGCCCCCUGCCCCGGCGGGCCUUCGCGCGCCAGCUCUGGCUGCUCUUCGAGUUCCCCGAGAGCUCGCAGGCCGCGCGCGUGCUCGCCGUCGUCUCCGUGCUCGUCAUCCUUGUCUCCAUCGUCGUGUUCUGCCUCGAGACGCUGCCCGACUUCCGCGACGACCGCGACAGCCCGGGGCUCGCCUUGGUGGCCGCUGCUGGCUCGUUCCCCACUCGGCUGAAUGGCUCCAGCCCAGUGCCUGGAACUCCACCCCGUUUGCCCUUCGAUGACCCGUUCUUUGUGGUGGAGACGCUGUGCAUCUGUUGGUUCUCCUUUGAGCUGCUGGUACGCCUGGUGGCCUGCCCGAGCAAGGCGGUCUUCUUCAAGAACGUGAUGAACCUCAUCGAUUUUGUGGCCAUCCUGCCCUACUUUGUGGCACUGGGCACUGAGCUGGCCCGGCAGCGGGGAGUGGGCCAGCCAGCCAUGUCACUGGCUAUCCUGCGGGUCAUUCGAUUGGUGCGUGUCUUCCGCAUCUUCAAGCUGUCCCGGCACUCAAAGGGCCUGCAGAUCUUGGGCCAGACGCUUCGGGCAUCCAUGCGUGAGCUGGGCCUCCUCAUCUUCUUUCUCUUCAUCGGUGUGGUCCUCUUUUCCAGCGCAGUCUAUUUUGCCGAAGCUGACCGUGCGGACUCCCAUUUCACCAGCAUCCCUGAGUCCUUCUGGUGGGCGGUGGUCACCAUGACCACGGUUGGCUAUGGAGACAUGGCGCCUGUCACUGUGGGUGGCAAGAUAGUGGGUUCUCUGUGUGCCAUCGCUGGUGUGCUAACCAUUUCCCUGCCCGUGCCAGUCAUUGUCUCCAACUUCAGCUACUUUUACCACCGGGAGACAGAGGGUGAAGAGGCUGGGAUGUUCAGCCAUGUGGACACGCAGCCCUGUGGCACACUGGAGGGCAAGGCCAAUGGGGGGUUGGUAGAUGGAGAGGUGCCUGAACUACCACCUCCACUCUGGGCUCCCCCAGGGAAACACCUGGUCACUGAAGUAUGAGGGACAGUUGAGGUCUGCAGGACCUCACACCUCCUUGGAGGGAGGGAGAGUGGGAGGGACGGGUGGAGGGGAAGGCCAAAGGGAGGGGAUUGGAUUUAGGAAGAUCUAGGUUAAGUGGUAAUGAGUGGGGGAACACUGAGUCUUUCUUGUUGGGUCUUGUGGUUUGAUAGCUCUGGUGGACACCUCCUUAA